AUGGCGGCGGUAGCGGCGGGCCCGGUGUUCUGGAGGCGGCUGCUGGGCCUCCUGCCUGGCCGGCCCGGGCUGGCCGCUCUCCUGGGCCGCCUCUCGGACCGACUCAGCAGGAACCGAGACCGCCGCGGCCGGAGGUCACCAUGGCUCCUCUUGGCUCCCUUGCUGUCCCCACCUAUUCCUCAGGUCACCUCCCCACCUUGCUGCUUGUGUCCAGAAGGGGUACACAGGUUUCAGUGGAUAAGAAACUUGGUUCCAGAGUUUGGUGUUUCUAGCUCUCAUGUUAAGGUGUUAUCUUCUCCAGCAGAGUUUUUUGAGCUCAUGAAGGGACAGAUAAAGACAGCCAAGAGGCGAGUAGUGAUGGCCUCUCUGUACCUUGGGACAGGUCCUUUGGAACAGGAACUGGUGGAUUGUAUAGAAAGCAGUCUAGAAAGGUCACUCCAAGCAAAUUUUUCUUCAGACCUCAAAGUCUCCAUUCUCUUAGAUUUUACCCGAGGAUCAAGAGGUAGGAAGAACUCCCGCACAAUGCUACUCCCAUUACUGCAGAGGUUUCCCGAGCAGGUCCGUGUCUCCCUCUUCCACACUCCAAACCUUCGUGGGCUCCUCCGCCUCCUUAUUCCUGAACGGUUCAAUGAGACCAUUGGUCUUCAGCACAUCAAAGUUUAUCUCUUUGACAACAGUGUGAUCUUGAGUGGUGCAAACCUGAGUGACUCCUACUUCACCAAUCGCCAGGACCGAUAUGUGUUUCUGCAGGACUGCCCAGAGAUUGCUGACUUCUUCACAGAUCUUGUGAAUGCAGUAGGGGAUGUGUCCUUACAGCUUCAGGGUGAUGACUCUGUACAGAUGGUGGAAGGGAUGGUACAUCCUUAUAAAGGAGACCAGACAGCAUAUUGUGAGGCUGCCAACAAGAGGGUUAUGGAUGUGAUCAACACGGCUCGGACCCGACAGCAGCUACUCCAUGCUCAGACCUUUCACAGUGACUCUCUUUUGACCCAGGAAGAUGCAGCAGCAGCUGGUGACCGGAGGCCAGCUCCUGAUACCUGGAUUUAUCCAUUGAUCCAGAUGAAGCCCUUUGAGAUUAAAAUUGAUGAGAUUGUUACAGAGACACUGCUGACAGAGGCAGAGAGGGGUGCUAAGAUCUACCUUACCACUGGUUAUUUCAACCUGACCCAGGCCUACAUGGACCUGGUCCUGGGCACUCGCGCUGAGUACCACAUUCUGUUGGCUUCACCUGAAGUAAAUGGCUUCUUUGGAGCCAAGGGGGUGGCUGGUGCCAUCCCUGCUGCGUAUGUCCACAUAGAGAGACAGUUCUACAGUGAGGUCUGUAGCCUAGGGCAGCAGGAACGGGUGCAACUACAGGAAUACUGGCGAAGUGGUUGGACCUUUCAUGCCAAAGGCCUGUGGCUGUACCUGGCAGGGAGCAGUCUGCCCUGUCUCACGUUGAUUGGCUCUCCUAAUUUUGGAUACAGGUCAGUUCAUCGGGACCUGGAGGCCCAGAUUGCAAUUGUGACAGAGAACCGAGCUCUGCAGCAGCAGCUCCACCAGGAACAGGAGCAACUUUACCGAAGGUCAGGUUUAGUGUCAUCAGCCACUUUUGAGCAGCCAAGUCGGUAUGUCAAGCUGUGGGUGAAGAUGGUGACUCCACUAAUUAAGAACUUCUUCUGAGGACAGAACCUUGUGACCAUUUGGAAUGGCUUUGAUGAAGACGACCGGCAUGGGUGGUGUUAGCUCCUUCAGCCGAGCUUCUGCAAUGACUCCAGCUUGGGUGUCCCAGCGAGCCCCUGCAAUCAACAACAUGGCUCAGGCUCAGGGCCUGUGCGAAGGCUGUUAUUUCCCAUUUGGCGUGCUGACAGUAAGUCAGGGAAGGGGAGAAAGGGAGAGGCCCUGUCUUUGCCCCUUUCUGCCCUUGGAGAAGUGCUUAUGGGACACAAGUCUUGGCUCCUGUGGAGUAGAGGCUUUUUGCCAGGGUCUGAACUGUCACAGAAAUAGCUAAAAAUGGAAUUUGCUAAAAAUAGGCUUUCAUAGGGGUAAUUACGUGCACGUUACAGCUGACUUGAGUAUCCCACUGUGCACUCAGGAAUUGCUUAACACAAAAGCUUCAGACAAAUGAAGUUCCUUGAGUUUCAUCUAUUUAAAACUGUGGUAUUUCCAGAGCCUGAUCCCUCAGCCUUCUAUUUGCUAUGGCAGGAAAUCACAGCUGUAGCUGAGUAUUAUUGGAGAUCCUUCAUACUUAAUGUCUGUCUUGUGUGUAUAUAUACAUUAUACAUAAAUAUACAUAUAUAAUUAUUAUUAAAGGGAUUUGCUUUUAACCAAACCAUUAUUUCUACUCAUCCUAUUUAAUGAUGUUUAUAUUUCCUGCCUGAAAUUCCAGAAUAAAUAC